AUGGUUGAUCGGGCAAGUCCUGUUCUAGUGCUCUUAUUCAGUGGAAAAAGAAAAUCUGGUAAAGAUUAUGUUGUUGGCAAGCUAGAAAAGAUGAUUGGAAUGGAAAAUUGUGAAGUACUGCGGUUGUCAGGCCCCUUAAAAAGACAGUAUGCCCUGGAGCAUAACUUGGACUAUGAAAAACUUUUAGAUUCCUCAUCUUAUAAAGAACAAUACCGUAGCGCAAUGGUAGCAUGGGGUGAAGCAAAGAGAACCGAAGAUCCUGCUUUCUUUUGUGAUCUUACGACAAUGAACGCGAAAAAGCCUUUGUGGAUUGUAUCCGAUGCAAGGCGCAUCACUGAUUUGGAGUAUUUCAAGUGCAAAUAUAAAACCAUACAUAUCAGAGUUGUAGCGAGCGAAGAAACUAGAUUAAAACGGGGCUGGACGUUUGUUAGUGGUGUAGAUGAUGCAGAAUCUGAAUGUGGUCUUGAUCAUGAAAAUCAUGACAUUCUAGUAGACAAUAAUGGAGACUCGGAUGUAUUAACUAAGUCGUUGGAAAUAUUAUCUAGCAUCGGGCGAACUCAUUUAAAACUUGUUAUUUAGUUUUAGCGUAGGACAGAUUUCCCAGUAAUUCACAAAUUGAAGUGCAUAUAAUCAGCAUCAUUUUCCCUUAUGAAAGUUGGGUUUUACUCACAUUGACUUCUUUUGAUAAAUAUAUAAAUGGUACCAGGUGGUGCCAGCUCGCAAACAUCAAAUGACAUUAAAAUAUGUAUAUAAUUUUCAUUCAUCACUAAAAAAACACAAUUUCAACAUUACAUCAAUCAAAGUCAAGAUAA